UUUUUUUACCAUAGCACAUUCGUAAGCAUAACAGAUCAAGCAUCAGUCCUCGACUUUAAUAUAUACAAAAAAAUUAUAUUCCCGAGGAAAAUAAUAUCAACAAAAAUGUUGUCGAAGGCAUAGCUCCGUAAUGUGCUAUUCAGGGCAGUAUCGAUGCUCUGCAAAUUAUAGUGAUCCCAGUUUUAAAUACUUAUAAGUUUAAGCUUCCAUUGUGGACUUUACCUCAGCCAAAAGCUCUCGUCUGGGGAAAACAUGCCAUAGAGCCUAUAGCUAAAUACCACGCGUAGAUGUUACCUAUGAUAAUGUUUACGUGUGCGACAGGUAUAGCCAUCGUGUUUCUUCUUAUUUAUAAUUUUUUUUGUUUUUUGCGCAGGCACGGUGCUAUUGCGGGGAGGGGACACUUUAUACCCAAGAUAAUUUGCUUUACCAUUUCUUAUACUUGCCGGGCGAAGUGAUGCACGACAUAAUUUAAAACUUUUAAUAAUUUUAACCGAACUUUUCACAAAAAAAUAUGACGUUCCUUUCCCCAUUGUAUGUGUCGAUAGUUGUUUCAUUAUGACUCCCCCCUCACUUUUUCGCAGUAAACAAAAUUGAUUUCUAAGAAAUAUCGUAUAUUCUCUGCCCUAAGCCCAGUAAUAUUUGGUGAAUUCUAGUUCGGGAUGUGCUUUUCUAGCCGUUCUAGCAGGUUUAAUUAAUGAAAUUUUCUUGCGCGUUACCCGACCAUGAUGAAUCCUAUGAGGCAAAUCAACUCUUAGGACACCCUACCACCCACCCUUCCCAGGUUCAAAUUCUUGGCACACUGGCACCGUCCCUGUUGCGAAACUGCGACCUUGCGGAAACCGCUAUCAGAAAAUGGCGCUGUUUUUAACCUAUUUUUCUUAUUGUGACUAUAGUUUUUAGGCAAAUGGGGAUCCGAUUAUUCAACAAAAAUGGGCUAAAAUUAAAUUAGACUUUGUGUUAGGUCAUUUUUCGUGGCUGGGACGAACAGAAUUCAGCGAGGCGGUUAUUGGUCUGUACCUGUCACGAACAGGAAAAUUUUCUCACAAAUGAUCCGGCAGAAGGUUUCGCUCAAUAUUCAAAUGAUUUGAUUCCUAUUUAAGAAUAAACUACGGACAACAAAAUGCAACUUAAAGGCCUGGUUGCGAUUAUCACCGGUGGUGCAAAGGGAAUUGGAAAAGCAAUUGUCGAAUCACUGCUUGAAGAGCAAGUAAAGGUUUACGUAUUUGAUGUAGACGAGGAGGAAAUGAAGAAAGCUCAGAAAAGAUUUGACGAAGAGUACGGAAAAGGACAGGCUGUGUGCAUAAAAUGUGAUGUGACAUGUCAAGAUGCAUUUGAAAAUGCUGUUGAAAGAAUUUUUCAGGAACAAAACCGCCUCGACAUCCUAUGCAACAAUGCUGGAAUUCCACCAACGUCUGACAUCAAAAAAUUGAUUGAUACCAAUUUGACAUCAGUAAUACGUGGCACGAUUAUUGCUAUGAAAUACAUGGAUACUAAGACUGGUGGGCGUGGUGGAAAUAUUAUCCAAAUGGGAUCUAUGUCUGGUCUUUCUUAUUAUCCAGCUCAUUGCGAGUACACUGCUGCAAAACAUGGCAUCAUUGGAUUCACAAAAGGCUUUGCUAAGGAGGCAUUUAGUAAAGGUGUUCGUAUCAAUUGCAUUUGUCCAUCAUGUGUGGACACAGACAUGUUGAGAAUAGUAACGAAAGAUAAUCCAAUUAUGCAGCAAGCGGUGGAGGCAAUGGGCGUACAAACGGUUGAUGUCGUGGCGAAAGGUUUUUUGGAACUUUUGCACGAUGAAGAAAGGGUGGGAGAAGUUAUGAGAAUUACAGUGAAAAAUGGAAUUGACUUUCACAAAUUUCCAGAGGAACCAGUCCCAAUGCCUUUGCCUCAGUCACAGACAGUGAAUGACAGUUGGCGGAUAGAAAUAGCUAGAGAUUCAGUUUCGGUGAUGAAUUCCAAAGUGAAGAUAGAAGGCUCUGUAGCAAUUGUCACUGGUGGGGCACGAGGAAUAGGAAAAGCAAUUACAGAUGCCUUGUUACAUAAUAAAGCAAAGGUUUAUUUCCUGGAUAUUGAUGUUGAUGAAGGCAAAAAUGUUCAAAAUGAAUUUGAAGACAAAUUUGGUCAGGGAAAGGCAAUAUUUUUAGAAUGCAACGUCACAAACUAUGAGAUUUUAGAAGCCAUCAUAUCCAAAGUUGUGAAAGACAAUGGCCAUUUAGACAUUCUUGUGAACAAUGCUGGCAUUGGACCAACAGAUGAUAUUGAAAAAUUAGUCAGCAUUAACUUGGCAGCUGUUAUUCGAGGUACUUUGCUUGGGGUUAAGUACAUGGAUAAAAAAAAUGGUGGUCGUGGUGGUUGUAUUGUUAAUAUGGGAUCAGCAGGAGGACUUUGUUACAUUCCGAAUUCGAACUGCGCAUAUAUUGCUUCUAAACAUGGUGUUGUUGGAUUUACGCGAACGUAUGCGAAGGUCGCUAUUGAGUCUGGCAUUCGCUUAAACUGCAUUUGUCCAUCUAUUGUGGAUACUGAUCUGUUGAGAAAGUCUUUGGAAAGAGAUCCGACCGUGCAGCAGUUCAUUGAUCAAUUAGGAACACAGACGGUUGAUGUUGUUGCAGAAGGUUUCAUUCAACUUCUGAACGAUGUAGAUAAAGUUGGAGAAGCGAUGAGAAUCUCAGUUCAAAAUAGAAUUGAUUAUCACAAAUUUUCAGAAGAGACUAUUCCACUUUAA